GCCUUCAGGUGGUUUACUGUCUUCUGCGCGAAGGAUGCUCACCGGUCCUGAUGGCGUGGCGCGGACACCGUCGCCUUACCUCGAGGUACUGACGAAGCGCCUGGAUUCCUUCCCCAGCGAACGGUGGCUACCCGCCGUGCUGCCCGUCCACGUCCCGUUGUACCCAGCUAAGAUCCAGGACAGCGAGACAGUGGAUUGGCGCGUCGGCCGCACAGUACACAGAGGUGAAACACUUCCGUGUUUCGCCGACAAGCACGGCUGCCUCGUGGCGGAGCGCUCCGAGGGCAGCUGCCACCUGGCGCCAGCUUUCGAGUACCUCGCGCAAAGCCGAGGAACUCACUACCGCUGGCACCCGCUCUCCGACUCUCUACUCACGGGAAGGGCGAAACUGGUACGCGAGAGCUUCGGCGAUAAGGAACAGGUGGUCAUCGUCGGCCAUGGGAUGCCCAACCGGAGGCUACUGGCGGCCAGGGCUAGUCACUACGGUUUGCUCGUGCUGGGCCAUCUAGCCGUUGACAGAACGGGCUUUGUCAUGGGAGGCGGAGAAGUGACCGGCUGCGACCCACGUGGGGCGCACCACUCGGCUCUUGUCACUGCUCGGCAUGACGUGAAGGUGCUGAUAAAGACACCUUCGCACUCGCCAUAGCCAACAGCUUGUAUAUUCUGCGAGUGCCACGACCACGUCCAAUCGUCGAUUCUUUAUUUACAACGCUUAUAUGUUCUGAUUUAUUUACUCGCGUUACUUUGAAGCAUGGCCACAUUUGUUCUUGGAAUUUUUCCAUAGUUGAUAGGACAUAAAAUGAACUGGAACACAGGUCAUCGAAAACACUGAACGUACUGACUUGAGCUUUAGGGCACAUAACAGAAUGUCGUUCAGUUUGUUUGAUUUGAAUCUCGGCACUGCGAACGUGGUUGAUACAAUGUGUAAAAUAAAGGCAGGC